AUGUCUGCAGACUUGUUCGCAGAAUUUGGAAUUGAGUCUGCUUCUUGUCAGACCUCAGGGACUACAAACCAGCCAGCGUCCCAAUCUCAGGCAGGCUCUUUGAUUCCUGAUCUGGAUACUUUUGAAACGCCCCAUUUCACCAAUACCUCCUGGCACCGUAAUGAAUCCGAAGCUCACGCUGCUGAGACUCAGGCAUUGUCAAAGUCAUCAACUUCUUUUAUCAAAUCUAGUGCCCUUCAGUUACCCAAAUAUGACAACGGCGGCGAUGUCCUAUUUGAUGCCACCCUAGAAACUGUUUCCAGCGACGAAACCGAAGACUGGGGCGAAUUUGAAUCGGCGGAGGUAUCUUCUGGCCGAGGCUACUCAAUAAAAUCUGUCCAAGAUCAGACACAUGUAACAAGCCCAAGAAAUACGACUUCUAACCGGGCAAAUAAUAACUCAACUGCCUUGCCGAAGCAGCUCUACUUAUUGGAUUCUCUCUCACUUGAUGACAAACCGCAAUCAACUCACAGCCAGCCUACUGGCAACCUUGGCAAGAAAAUUACCAAGACUCAAAGCAAGGGCUCAAUUCCAGAACCUCCUACUUCUACGGAGGAAGAGCCUUUUGAGGAGUGGGGUGACUUCAUUGAUGGACCUCUCGUGGAGACCUCUGCGAUCAUGACUCAACAAGCUUAUACGCAACCACCAGCGGGAACUUUGAGUUCAGUCUCGAAUAGAGGAAGUGCGUCGCAAUCUUUUGGCAAUUCAAACCACUUUGUACAAAGAAGUGAAAUCCGUCCCACCAAUAUACCUCCCCCGUCGGUGCUUUUAGAGUUAUUUCCUCAACUUUUCGAACAACUACGAUGGGAGGCUACCCAAGCAAGAAAAGCCGUACAGCAGAAAAAGAACAUUGAAGAUGUAGCGGCAUCGAUUCUUUGUACAUUAAGGGUAGCAGCGCGGGUAGUUUCGGGACGUACUUUGCGAUGGAAAAGAGAUUCAAUCUUGAGUCAGAGUAUGAGAAUUGGCCCUGCGCGCUCAGGGAAGUCGGGGGGUAUGAAGCUUAAUGCGGUCAACAGAAAUGAAGAUAUCAAGGAAAAGCAGGAGGCCGUUGAUGUUAUUGUUAUGUGGCGUGAUCGAGCAGGUUUAUUUAACUCUGUAAUCCAAGCCUCCGGAAGACGUCCAAUUCAGGCCAUCUCAGAGAACACCCGAGCAACACCAGCCUCUGCAGAACAGGGUGCAUUAAAAGCCCCUCAUGCUUGUGCACUCUGUGGGUUAAAAAGAGAUGAACGGCUGCCCAAAAUUGACGAUGCAGUGGAAGACAGCUUUGGAGAGUGGUGGACAGACCACUGGGGACAUACAGACUGCAGGCAGUUCUGGGAAAGGCAUAAUAACAUGCUAAGUCAGCGAUGA